AUGUCAAAUCCGUCAAAUAAAAGGGCACGUAGUCCUGGAGAUGCAGAUGAAGAAGGUGUAAGUAAAAGACGCGGUGCGGAGGGCUACAAUGUUGAGACUCGUGAUAUUGGAGCAGGAACUGAAUUCGAAGUAUUGCAAGCGUAUAGGAAAUUUGAAGAAGCUAUGAAUCAAGAUAGGGUUCAAGUUGCACGCACGGGUGACAUCAAAAUUGCCAUGGAUAGCUUAGACAAGGUAGAUGCACUAUAUAAGAAAGUCGAAGGGACCAAGAACAAUGGCCUGUUUGCGCACGAUGCCCGUGCUAUGGUCUGUAUAAGCGAACUAGCUGAAAUAAGUGUCAGAAAUCUAAAAUUUGACGACGGCAAAAGUCUGGUUAAUCUGCAUGAUAUUGUCAACAGUCUAAAAAAAUAUAUGCUGAAGGAAUACCUCGCCAGCAGUGGAGGUUCAGAGAAUCUUAUAACAAGUGAUGCUUACACCGUUUCUAAUAGCGAGUCUCCGAAUGGGAGUCCGAAGGAGCCCAAGGAGAGCGCAGCGUCGCAUGUGGAAGGAGAUCUAGAGGUCAGUGAGGUCGACCGGUUCAAAGAGGGCAUAAUAAGAAGAACCCAUCUACAGCAAUUUGCUACAUACAAUGAAUUUGACCAGUUCAACUGGUCGAGGAUGGGAGCUCUUUUUGAACAUUUAUCAAAAAUGCCACAAUCAGUGGAUCAUCUUUUGGGGCCACUGUCGCUUACGAGGAAAGCCAGAUCUGUAAUAAAUAGAAGGGAGCGUGAGACAGUGGGUGCAGCUGUAACAGCGGAAAAAGUCACCCAAAAUUCAUUGAGCAGUGUUCAAGAGGCCACGACACCGGAGCACGUCAGGCGGUGUUUUAAGGUUCUUUUGAAGAAGAAGGGUCACGAAGCUAUAAAUUUGUAUGAGUUUAUCAUCGAUCCGAUUUCGUUUUCGAAGUCUGUAGAAAAUCUCUUUUAUGCCAGUUUCUUGGUCAAAGAAGGAAGAGUAGUGAUGGAAGAAGAUGCACAGGGUUUCCCAUGUGUACGUAUCAAGGAAGAACUUCCAAGAGAUCCGCAAGAGAAAGCUAUUGAAGCUCAAAAAAGACGUGAUGCACAGCAAAAUCACAUUAUCUUCCAAUUGGAUAUGCCUUCUUGGAGGACAUUUAUAGAUAAAUUUAAUAUUAAAGUUGCAUUUCUGGAAUAA